AAAGGCUUGUACACUUGCAUGUUCGAGGGCUGCGGUAGUGUCUUUCAAAAAAUAGGAAAGCUAAACCGACACAUGAUUUCUCACUCUACAGAGCGUCCAUAUUCAUGUGACAAGUGUGACAAGUCCUUUCGCCGUAAAGAGCAUUUGGCAGUACAUGCACAGAUACAUGCACCGUCUGAUUCCGAUCGUAAGCCAUGGUUAUGCGCUUAUCCAGACUGUACCAAUAGAUUUGCUACCAAAUAUCAUCUUAACCGGCACAUUAGUAUUAUACAUUGCGCUGAGCGACCAUUCAAGUGUCCUCAACAGGAGUGCGAUGCUGCCUUUUCAAAACAUACUCAGCUUCGAACCCACAUGUCGGUACAUACUGGAAAGCUGGCUUACCCCUGUGCUGAAUGUGACAAGAGCUUUCCUACUCCAAGCAAGCUCAAGUUGCAUUCGCUGACUCAUGCAUCAGAAGCAGAUUCAAAAUAUAUUUGUGGGUUUGAGGAGUGCGGUUUGGCAUUUCCAAAAUGGUCUGCUCUCCAGGCACAUAAUCGUAAGGCACAUACUCCUGUAUGCCCCACUUGUAAUAAGUCGUUCCAGACAGCCACGCUGCUUCGAAAUCACAUCAAGAUUCACGAUCUUGACCAUGAAUUAUUCUCAUGCUCAUGGCAUGAGGGAUGUGAUAAGGUGUUUUAUAGUCGUAAGAGCAGAGACUUGCAUAUCCAGGUAGCCCAUAAAAAUAUCAGGAGAUUUGCAUGUAAUGUCUCAAACUGUGACAAAGCAUUUGCCCACAAGCGUACCCUCAACAACCAUUUAAAAAAACAUGAGACUGAACUAGAUACUUUGAGCAAAAAACGUAAAAGAUCUUUGGAUGAUUUGGAGUUGUUGACUGGCAUGUCAUAUAUUCAAGAUCGUAGUAUACCCUGUCAGUUUGAAGGUUGCAUAUUUCGGUUUAAACGACAGUAUGAUUUGUCUCGUCAUAUGUUUGCAUUGCAU